AUGUACGGUUAUCCUGUAGGUGGUAUGGAUUUAGGUGGAUAUCCUAUGGGUGGAAUGGGUUCAAUUCAACCAAUGAAUUCUGUACAAGUAGGAGUUCCUGUAAUUACUAAUACUCCAGGAAUGGUUACAUCAGUACCUGUAUCAGCACUUUGUCUUUGGAAUUUAGUCCCAUCAUCUAAUUCAUGGAUGAAUAGUCGUGUUCAAUGUCAAAUUAUGUUAGAUCCAAUGCUAAGAAAUAACUGGUGGUGGAAUUUAGUUCAAUCUAUCAGUGUUACACAAUUUAAUUCUGUUUAUAUGUGGUUUUUAAGUAUUGACACUGACAGAUCUGGGACAAUUGAAAUAAAUGAAUUGAUGAUGGCUCAAUUCCCUGGUGGAAUUACUUUAACUCCACAAACUGCAUUAAGAUUAAUGAGAAUAUUUGACGUUGAUUUUAAUGGUAGAAUUUCAUUCUAUGAAUAUAUGGGAAUGUAUAAAUUCUUAGAAAUAUGUUAUAAUGUUUUUAUUCAAUGUGACACAAAUAGGUCUGGAACUAUGGAGCCUCACGAAAUUAUUUCAGCACUAAGAAUCCUUGGUUUCUUUGUUAGUCAAAGAACUGCUGUUUUAUUACAUCGUCUUUUUGCUCAUGGUAGUACUAUUUGUGAUCUAAAUUGUUGGAUUGCUUUAUGUGCUUUUGCUGCUCAAACAAGAACAGCAUAUCAAUUGAUUACAAUGAAUCCAUAUUAUGGAAUUAUUCAACCAUUUAAUCCAGUAGAAUUUGGUAAAUUUUUAGACGUUAUAACAUCAUUAUUAGAAUAA